GUAUGCGAAAUCGGCUGGUGUCAUCCCAAAGACAGGUAAGGGAGAUGUGAGAGCAUUUAAAUUCCCUCCUAAUGAACAUAUUUCUAAUCGUUGACCGCAGAGCUUGUGCACCGGGAAAAGCGUUUUGUCUUGUUUUUUUUUAUUUGAAAGGCUGUAGAGAAAGACGAGCCGCGCGUGAGGGGCGUUUCAGCACCUCGAGCUCCGGAUAGCGCCUCAAUGUCGGUGAAUGAAUGAAUACACUGACCUGCUCUUCGCCAUUGCGGCUUCCUUUCCUAUCUUUCUGUUUUUUUUAAGCAUCGUUUUAUAUCAUGGAUUAACCUUGCCGUUGAGUUUGUUUCUCUUGGUUUUGGCCAGAUAAUGUUGCGUCAAGUGGAGCAUGUAGACGUGCUCGUGCUAUUGAUGUAAAACCUGAUGGUAGUCUUUUCUCUGGAGCCUGUGAUAAAGCUACAAGCCCACGCCGACAUGACAGGAUGCCUCAUUAGCCCGGUGUUUGCAUUUUGUUUAUCUGGUAAAGCAGGAAUUGCGGCCUAAAUAUAGACUAUAUGCGUCACGCGGUUGUGUAGGCUUUACAUUGCAUUAAUAUUGAGGUCAUAUUGAUGUCUGCUUGUGUCACGCGCGAAAAUAGCAUUUGUACCUAAAGCGCGUAGGUCACAAGCAGCUAAUUAAUUCAGAUAGGCUGGGUAGUCCAUCAUUUUGGAGCCUAGAUACAGCCGAAGAUGCUGUUUAGUGUCGAUCAUAUAAUCUCUUGUUGCGUUAAAGGUGUGGAAAAGCUUAUUUUUUUUUGGCCUGGUUGAAAACAGGAGAGGGUGGAGGUGUAGAUCAGCACCAUAGCCUGCUGCUUAUAUUGCAUAUUAAUCACUAUCAAAUAUUAAUCACUGAUAUUCAUCACGACACGAUGCAUAUAUUAGUCACAUUUGUUAAUCAGUGGAGCAGUUAGAGCACUGGGUGAUAGUUACAAGUUGGAUGCUUCUUCCGGGUCUGUGUGAGUCAGUUUGUGAUUUUAAUCUUUAUGUCUUAUUGGCUACUGAGGUGAGGAUGGUUUUAUUUAUUUAUUUAUUUUUGACUAGUUUUACAUGGCAGAGACCCAGUGUCGUGAAUUAACAUCUACAGUUCACAUAUAAAUCAUCCACUUUUACACUUCAAAUCCAGAUGGACUUCAUUAGGUGUAAAUUCAAUCAUACAGUUGUAACCAAUAGUGUAUCUGACUAGUCACGAAUUCAGACUGGAUGGCUGUUAACCCACUCUUAGAAAAAUGGAUUUUCAAUGGUUCUUUGGAUGUUUAUCAGUUCUAACUUUCUAAGAAGUUCUACAUGGAACAUUUUCUGAAAAGGGAAACCUGUGUGUGGGGUUCAGCAUAGGAUGCAAGAUUUGAACCUCCAACCCCUGGAGGUGUGAGGCACACAUUCUAACCACUAAGACACCGUUCACCCCCCUGUUUUCAGUAUAUUAGUUUAAUAUGUGUAAUAACAUCGGAUAGCUUUGCUGCUUCACAGCUCUAGGGUUCCUGGUUCAAUCCUGAGUUUGGGUUACUCUCUGUGCAGAGUUCUGUAUUUUCUUACCUUGUCUGUGAGUUUUGGCCAGGUUUCCUUCCACCUCUCGAAACAACUUGUUAGGUGGCUAGGCUGCACUAAAUUGCCCCUAGUUGUGACUGAAUGUGUGAAAUGGUGUGUGUGUGAUGGCUUCCCAUCCAUAGUGUUUUCCUGCCUCACGCCCAGGCUCCAGAUCCACCAGGAUAAAGCCAUUACCGACGACUGAAUGAAUGUUUAAUAGCAGGUCAGCUAUUAAGAUGGUUAUGAGGAGAUGCAUACAAAUACAAUGAGUACGAACUCAAUGUGUGGGCCUAUUGCACAUAAGACAAUAAAGUUAUGUUGAAUGGUAUGAUCUAUGAAGGAUUCAGUCUUUUACGAGCUAUGUGUGAACAAAGUAGAUGAAGAGAAUACUGAACAGAUUGGAGUACAGCCUGAAGGAAUGCCAAAAUCACAUAAAAUUUUUAUGUGUUGUGUUCCUGGAAAUUCAGUUUAAGUCUGUACAGCAUUCUUUGUUUUCUUAUUCUUAACUAUAAUAACAUAAUAACCUUUCAGUGUUUUACCUCACUUCACACCCACACGUGUUUCAGAUUGCUGGUCUGAAGAAGCUCACUGCUGAAUCAUGGGGAAUAUUUUUGGUAAUCUUCUGAAGAGUCUCAUAGGAAAGAAGGAGAUGAGGAUUCUGAUGGUUGGAUUGGAUGCUGCUGGUAAAACAACCAUCUUGUACAAACUCAAGCUGGGGGAGAUUGUUACCACCAUCCCAACCAUUGGUUUUAAUGUGGAAACAGUGGAGUAUAAGAACAUCAGCUUCACUGUGUGGGACGUUGGUGGCCAAGAUAAGAUCCGACCUCUCUGGAGACACUACUUCCAAAACACGCAGGGUCUGAUCUUUGUGGUGGACAGUAACGAUCGAGAGCGAGUAAAUGAAGCCAGAGAGGAGCUGAUGAGGAUGUUGGCAGAAGAUGAGCUGCGUGAUGCUGUUCUCCUCGUUUUCGCCAACAAACAGGACCUGCCUAAUGCAAUGAAUGCAGCUGAGAUCACAGAUAAGUUGGGCCUCCACUCGCUGCGUCAUCGCAACUGGUACAUCCAGGCCACCUGUGCAACCAGUGGAGACGGCCUGUAUGAAGGCCUUGACUGGUUGGCCAAUCAGCUAAAGAAUAAGAAGUGA